GUGACACAAAGGACAUCCAUAAUUGUCUACGUUGCGUUUCAUUUGAUCAGCAGUGUUUUUAUCUGCACCGGAGCAGACGUAAUAAGUGAGUGCACCAACGCCACUAUUUGUAUUGAAGCCUAUGCUGACAUCUACAAAUCCUUAGCAUCAGAUGUGAACAGUUUUAACAUCGAAUCCGCCUUAUAUCCGGCAAAUGAGCCUUCCUUAGUUCUAGUCUCUGUCAAUGUAUAUGGUCAGAAUGGACCAGAAAAAAAAGGCAGCGAUUCCAUGCCUGCUGCAAUGAAAUACAUAUGGAGUUCGAGAAGCCUUUAUGCUGCUUUUCCCGAUGUUUUCCUGGAGAUCUCAUCCCUUUUCUCGAUUCUGGUGACUCCACACACGCAAGAACUAAACAUCACAAUUUCAUACUUUUGCUGCAAUGUUUCUGUAAAAGACAGGAAAAGAAUGAUUAAAACUGUACUGGCUGCCGUAAGUAUUUGAAUUAGCUAUUUUAUAUCAGCAUACAAAGUCCCAUUCGCGAAUUCAAGAUAUAAGCGCAAUGCUCAACGAGUUUGCCUAAAAAUUCCGAAAGAUUUCUGAUGAGUCUCUUAGCCGAGACGAAAUGCAGCAUGUUAUUAACCACGAAAUAUUUUUUCACAAGUAUUUGACAAUUUUCCAUGGUAGAAAUAAUUAAAAAUGUCCGUAAUACAAAAGGCACUCAUUCAACUAAAUUUAAAUCUCACUUUGCCUAAACCGUCACGUUCACAUUUCUCUUUUGUACAAGAAUAUUUCGGAAUCAUCCUCACUGAUACAAUUUGAGUGGUUUGUGUAUCAAUACGCUGUUGCGGCUGGUCGACGCCCAGCAGUAGCCUGGGUUCCCAUACGGGUCAUCUAAGUUUUUCGUGCAUGCGCUGUGGCGGCAUGCUCGAACGGUGCCACGAGGUCACCGAGUUAAAACCUCUUUAUCUGGUUCAGUUUUUCGAUUUUUGGUCUCAGUGUCAGGUUAGACAAUGUAAAAUUUUGUGCGAGUUUUCUCAAAGCCCUCGUGAAGGAUUUUGGAUUAAAGUUUCUUAAUUCAAAUGGUUAGUCACAAUGCUUUCCUACGUAGUUUGAAAAUGAAAAGCUUUUACACUCCGUAACAAACGGGUAUCUCUUUACAACCUUAGCUCUACGAGGGAUAUUUCUUUACAAAGGCCACUGUCCCCUGUGUGGAGAGGGUCAGUUAUAUUAACUCGCUCAAACUCAUUAAAAUGUUACAGACUAGCCUAGUUUUUGUGCUUUUCCAGUUGUCUGUGUUCACUUACUGUUUCAGAUAUCGGGCCUUGGCGGUCAGAAAACUUGAUCUUGUCGACCAAUUUUUGUCUUUUGUUAGGUUUUUCUUUGUCUUAUGCCAUUCAUUUAGCAAUGGUUACGGAGUAGCUAUCAGUCAGGCUGCAAGAAUUGUAAGGUUAUGUUAGGGUUGUAAGAUUCUAUCAUUUUGUUUUUAGAGGGCAUAGUAACGAGGCCGGCGACCCGAUUGGUUCUUAGGGCAGGCAAAAAUUUUUCCUUUCUCUGCCUACAGGUAGUGUUAAACUUCGUUAAAUUCGCCUGUUAUAUUUUCGUCAAUUAAUUAGCAAGCAAUUGUCAUUCUUUUGACGUUUUAAAAAACGUUUAAUCCCUCGACAUUUCACCGCGUCGGAUCGCCAAAGGACUCAUUUUUACGCGUCCAAGUUGAAAAAAUUUUAGAAAAAUCCCAUCAAAUUUCGAUGAUGGAAAACCCUUCGUCGACCCACGUGGAAAUGCUUAUUUUUCAACUUCUUGAAUCAGUUGGUACGAGUUAUCUAAUUGGCUAAUGAUAUACAAUAUCGAUUACGUCAGGAACAAGCCUCUAGUCAACCUAUUAGACGGGAAGAGGGGGAACGGAGCAAGCUCGGACGUACCGUCGGAGGAUCAGGCCAGGGCCAUAUAUAUAUCAUAACAUAUGUGUAAGAUUUCUGCUAUCGGAAAAUCCAUGAGCGGUUUACAACGUCUAAUUUAAUGACUGCUAAAGGCCUUUUAAAUCGAAAAUGAUGACUUCCGCUCAGGUUGUCGAAACCUCCGUCAGUGAUCACUAUCUCCAGAACUGCUUGAAUAAAAUACUUCUGCUAUUAUCGAAAACGGUUUUUUACUCUUUCACGCUCCACUCUUAUAGUCACGUCUAAUGUAUAAUUUUUUUUCAGCUUCAAGACCUUGCUGUAACUCCUGACUUGCGAGAUCCACGCUUGAAUUUUGCAGAAUCUGUCAUAGAAGGGCACAUCCCAGACAUGAAGACUACUGGUCGUUCUUACUAAAGGGUAUUUUUGUGGUUUUCCUUCCUGUGUCCUAUGUUUUGGGGUCCAUUUUCAUAUUUUUGGGUCUUACAAUACUUAAAAGAUGAUACUCGAGGUACAUCACUCUCCGCGGGUAGCGAUGGAAACCGUAGUAGGGUGGAUUAUAUUUGUCGUAGAAACGAAGAACCACUGAUAUGUUCAGCAACUCUAUUUUGUUGUUUCCUGUUGCUCAUAGAGGUCAUAUUUGUUUUAGCUAAAGCGAGGACAUCCACCGAAAUUUCAAAAAGAGGAAAUACGUCGCGAGACUUUAUUGUACUCCUUGCACUUAUACCAGAAUGGUUAGUGAGGGGAUAUGCUGUUGUAACUGCCUUUGUUGUGAAGAUUUGGAUAUUAGUUCAUUUUUGAGCAGAUUACUGCUUAUUAUGUGCACGAGCUUUGUUAUUUGCCAUUUGAGUUGGGUUGCAGUGGGUAUUAUGGUUAAUCCAGCUUGGGGCGUUUCUAUUUUGCUGAUACUUUCCUUUUUUUGCAUUACCUUAUUUUUUGUAAUCAAUGAAACAACCCACGCAAAUGAAUUCCGCCUUUCUACCCUUUUCACAUAUACACCUGGCUUCCUUGGUCUCUGCUUUGUUGUCGUCCCUCCAGUAUUAGUUGGACAGUCAUUUUAUGGUCGGGAAACUGCAGUAUCAGUU